AUGCCCCGUGAGAACAAGGAGGAAGAAGAGGAGCAGAAGGCUCGCACGGCCUACGAUUUGAUACGCAUGCGCCUGGACAGGCUACAGAAAAACAUUGAGAAGCCAGUAUCAAUCCCGCAACGUCGAGAUAGUCGAAAGCCGAGGCCGCCGCCCGAUUUCGUGCGCAACGUUGUGGGCUCAUCAGCUGCAGCAGGAAGCGCUGAAUUUCAUAUAUUUCGAAAUAAUCGGAAACGUGAAAUGGAUCGGCAACGAUACAAGGAAAAGAUGAAGCUCCUGAAGAAUAAGAAGAAAAGGAAAGAAGUGGCUGAAGAAUCGGAUGAUGGUGAUCCUGGAACAAGCGAAGAAGAUGGAAGUAGUGACGAACAGCCAAACAAAAAUGAAAAUACGGCAGGAGAAAACGAACGGAAAAGCAGUGAAAAUGUGAGCGAAACGGGAAAACGAAGCAACGAAGCGGUGGAACCAACGCAAACUCCUUUAUCUGAGAAUAGCCCGGAACAUUCCACAAAAGAAGAAAGUGAAAAUUCAGAGAAUAUAACGUAA